GCGGGACAUAGGCGCUAGUCUCGCGAGAACUCUCACCGAUUACGCACUCGGAGAAGAAAAGACGUUGCGGCCUUUUGAAACCUUUCUCCGUAGACGACCCGUGUAGUGAGGACGCUCCGAGACAGCCAGGAUGGCAGACAUCGACCAGCAAGAUUCCCAGGACGCCCUAAACAACAACGGCAGCGAUAACGAAAGCGCGGGAGACGACCAGUGCGACGCCAGCAUGGCGGAGGAGAGCAAUUCCAAUGGCGUGAAGAAAGAAAAUGAUGAGUCCAAUAAAGAUGAGAAAUCUUCACUUAAGGAAAAAUCUGCUGGAAACAGAAAAGGAAACAGAUUCCACCCAUAUGGAAAAGAUAAAUCUGUCUCUGGUGACAAGAAGGGUCAGAGUCGGAAUAGGGUGUUCGUCAGCAAUAUUCCAUAUGACAUGAAGUGGCAAUCCAUCAAAGACCUCAUGAGAGAGAAAGUUGGUGAGGUUACAUACGUGGAGCUCUUUAAGGAUGCUGAAGGAAAAUCAAGGGGCUGCGGUGUUGUGGAGUUUAAAGAUAUGGAAUUUGUAUCAAAGGCUUUAGAAGUUAUGAAUAAGCAUGAUUUAAAUGGAAGACCCCUUAACAUCAAAGCUGAUCCAGAUGGAGAGCAUGCGCGAAGAGUUCUGCAGCGUACUGGAGGGCCGUUUCCUGGGGGUCAUAACACUGAAAUGGGCCCUGGAAUAAUGAAUCUCCCGCCUUCCAUCGUUAACAAUCCUAACAUUCCUCCUGAUAUAAUCAGCGCACUAAGAGCUGGGCGACUAGGAACAACAGUCUUUGUUGCCAAUCUGGACUUCAAAGUCGGAUGGAAAAAACUAAAGGAAGUUUUCAGCAUUGCUGGAAAUGUGAAGAGAGCGGAUAUUAAAGAAGACAAAGAUGGCAAAAGUCGUGGAAUGGGGACUGUCACAUUUGAACAAGCUAUUGAGUCUGUGCAAGCAAUCUCUAUGUUCAAUGGGCAAUUUUUGUUUGAUCGGCCGAUGCAUGUCAAAAUGGAUGAUAAAUCUAUCCCCCCUGAUGACUUCCAUGCAGUUGAAAAGGCACCUCAGCUACCGCGUGGUCUGGGCGGUAUUGGAAUGGGGCUUGGACCAGGAGGACAGCCUAUCAGUGCAACACACAUAGGAAUGGGCAACAUGGGUCCAUCAGGUAUGGAUGGUCCUGGCUUUGGUGGAAUAGGUAGAAUGGGAGCAAGUGGAUUUGGUGGCAUGGAUGGCAUAAGUAACAUGUCAGGAUUUAGUGGAGUGAGCCGAAUGACAGACAUGUACAGAGGAGGAAUGGGGAGCAGCAUGGACAGAGACUUUACUCGCAGUGAUAUUGGCUUGAGCCGUGGCUUUGGAGAUUCGUUUGGAGGAAUUGGUAGUGCCAUGGUAGGAAGUUUUGGUGGCAUGGGUUCUUCUUCACUUGGUCCUUUAGGAUCUGGCAUGAGCACUGGAAUGAGUGCUGUGAAUAGUAUGAGUAUGGGCCUUGGUAUGGACAGAAUGAGCUCCAGUUUUGAUCGCAUUGGAGGUGGUUUGGACAGAUCAAUGGACAUGGACAGAGGAUUUGGAGGGUUUGGUUCCUCACAGUUGGGAAGUGGCUUAAGAGAACGGGGAAAUAAAGGAUGUCAGAUAUUUGCUAGAAAUCUUCCAUUUGACUUAACCUGGCAAAAACUAAAAGAGAAAUUUAUGCAGUGUGGUCGUGUAAUGUUUGCCGAGAUAAAGAUGGAAAAUGGCAAAUCUAAAGGCUGUGGAACUGUAAGAUUUGACUCCCCAGAGACAGCCGAGAAGGCAUGCAGAUUAAUGAAUGGAAUAAAAAUCAAUGGCAGAGAAAUUGACGUCCGCUUAGAUCGCAAUGCGUAAUUCCUUUUGUUCUGUAACAUUCCCACAUUUGUUGAGUCUUUUGGUAAAUACAUUUUAGUAACAGUGAAUUGUUCUAAAGGUUAGCUUUUAGUUGCAAGCCUUUAAUAGUGUGGUGUUUAAUGUAUUUUUAUUUUUUUUGGUUAUAUAUUAAGUUUGGUUUUUAAACACCAUGUCUCUAGUCAUUCAGUUUAAAUGAAUCGACAUACUGUUUUUAAUAAAACCAAUUUCUCACAGCUACUUUGAAAGUCUGCAUUGUGGGGUUUUAAUGCUGUAUCUUUGUUCUGGAAUAUAUUCUUUUUGACUUAUGCAGUUCAAAUCCCCAAAGUAACAAAAAUAAACUGGUCUAAACGGUUGCGUGAAACUGGUAA